CAUCUCUCUCUCUAAUGGAGUCGCAAGAACCAACUCUCGAAACGCCUAUCAAAAUCCUAUCCGACGACCACCAAGAAACCACCGCUUUAAGCCCUGAAUCUCCGCCUCUAGAAUCUUGCCUGAAUCAUGAAUCUCCUCGUCGUCGAGUCUCCUCCACCAACGAGCCAAUGAAGAAAAUCGGGACUCCCGAUCGUCUAAGAGUCCCUAUAGCUUUUAAGCACCCAGAGAGGUACAGAAGCCCAACUGAUGCAAUGAUGUCUCCAGUUACUAAAGGUCUUCUUGCAAGAAGCAGAAAAGCUUCUGGUUCUCUUAUUCCACCUAGCUUUAAUCAAACCAAGAUUCAAGAACUACGCAAACCGGAAUCCGGUUUAUCUUCUGUCAGUUGCUGAUGAAGAAACUGUGAAUUUUUUGGGUUGAACCGAAUACAUUUUUGCAUGUGUUCUUGGUGGUUUAUGGAUUCUUUUAUCUUUAAUUUUCUCAAACGUUCAAGACCGAGGUUAAUGUAUUUCUCAAUUCUUAUGUUCGCGUAUAAUAAAAACAAAAUUAAGAUUU